AUGUCUACCAGGAACCACCGCCCAGCUCUGGUCGAAGCCCAAGAUCUCAAAGGGGCGCCUCGGGGACGAUAUUCUAGCAAAUUGUACCAGGAAUAUUACUGUCAAGCAAAGGAGAAGAACGACGAGGACAUGAAGGUUGUUGCGAUCUCCAAAGCGUCGGAGCUGCAGGAUGAUCUAUUGGACAAGAUCAACAAUCAGGAUUUCAAGGAUCUGUUUGGAAGCUGGGAUCCGAAAGCAGAAUGCGAGGAGUACCUCACGGGACCGACGGGUGGCAAGUACAAGAGAGGCAAGGAUAUUCCAGUGACCCCAACUCCAGACCCGGAGAUGCAGGUUGAUCCUCCGGCCAAAGUACCACCCCUCCACCAAGGGAGGAGUCAGCAGUACCAGCAAGGCAGCCCCAAGCGAGUCAGUACUUCAACCCAGCGAGUCCCUACUACCCUCAACUGGUAG